CGUGUUUGCGAGAACGUGCGACGAGUCAAAAUCAUCGAGUGCGGUGAUUUGAGUUGACAAGAAUUAUUCAUCACACGAUACUGACUGAGGCACAAAUUAACAGUGUUGAAUAAUUAAAUUUGUUACCUGCGAAAGGAAAAAUGAUACAAUUUACAAUCGCUUUCAAAGUAUAAAUUAUCUGUUUUUCACAUAUACACAGUGUUGUAAAAACAAUUUUGCACAGAGUUGCAGUAGUCUCCGCUUAUAAGUCAGUCGACGGAGGUGUAGGAGAAAAUAAUGGUCAGUUUUUCGAUGCUAAUCGUGCGUUGUAACGUGGACGGAAAAAACUAUCCUAUAAUACAAGAUGAAUCUAGAAGAGUAUCGCAAACAUGGCAAAGACAUGGUUGAUUAUAUCGCCGACUACCUAACGAAUAUCCGAUCACGGCGUGUUUUCCCCUCGGUGAGCCCGGGAUUUUUAAGACACUUGCUGCCGUCUUCGGCUCCGGAAGACGGCGAGCCUUGGGAAAACAUAUUCGGCGACAUAGAAAAAUGCAUUAUGCCGGGCUUGACGCACUGGCAGAGUCCGUAUAUGCACGCUUAUUUCCCGGCUCUGAAUUCACCCGCCAGUCUAUUGGGCGAUAUGCUAGCCGACGCGGUAAACUGUCUGGGUUUCACGUGGGCUUCUAGUCCGGCGUGCACGGAAUUGGAAACAAUCGUCACGAAUUGGUUAGGAGAAAUGAUAGGUUUGCCUGAAGAUUUUCUCCACCGACCGGGUCACACCGGCGGCGGGGUUUUACAAACAACGGCAUCGGAAGCGACUUUAAUCUGCAUGUUGGCGGCUCGAACGAGAGCCCUUGUGGAACAUCACGAAAAGUAUCCGAACUCAUCAGCGGCCGAAAUCCACAGUCGUUUAAUCGCAUAUUGUUCCGAUCAAGCACACUCAAGCGUACAAAAAGCCGGACUAAUAACUAUGACUAAAAUGAGAUACGUCGCAUCGGACAACAAUUUCAAGAUGAAAGAAGACGAAUUGUAUGACGCGAUGCAGAGCGAUAUUAAAGAAGGAUUGAUCCCAUUUUACGUGUGCGCAACGCUUGGUACUACAGGUGCUUGCGCGUUUGAUAAUUUGGCAAAAUUGGGACCAAUAUGUCAACAAUUCAACGUAUGGUUACAUAUUGACGCGGCCUAUGCUGGAAGUGCUUUCGUGUGUCCCGAAUUUCGAUGUUGGCUCGAAGGAGUCGAAUUCGCUGAUUCCUUUGCUUUCAAUCCGAGCAAAUGGCUCAUGGUUCAUUUCGAUUGCACGGCUAUGUGGGUCAAAAAUAGUCAAGAUUUACAUAAGACCUUCAAUGUGGAACCAUUGUAUUUGAAACAUGAAAAUUCAGGUCUCGCUAUUGACUACAUGCACUGGCAGAUUCCUCUCUCCAAAAGAUUCAGGGCUCUAAAAUUAUGGUGCGUAAUCAGAAAUUACGGAAUUAACGGCUUACAAAAUCAUAUACGAGAGGGCGUGAGAUUAGCAAAAAAGUUCGAAGCCUUGGUGAUGGCUGACAAUCGCUUCGAAAUACCAGCUCCGAGACAUCUCGGACUGGUGGUUUUCCGUCUUUGCGGCGAAAAUGUUUUGACCGAACGAUUGUUGCAAAAAAUAAACAUACGAGGUCGCUUACAUUGCGUACCGGCAGCUUUACAUGAAAAAUACGUCAUUAGAUUUACAGUCACUUCGCCAUAUACGACAAAUAAUGACAUUUUAAGAGAUUGGUCGGAAAUACGAAAUAUCGCAACCGAGGUUUUGCACGAAGCGCAACAACCACCACGUGCUAAAGUUCCUCUCGGAGAGACACGUAAAAAUGAACAUUUUGGAACAAGUCUGAUACUAGCUAAUUCACCGAUCACGCCGAAAAUAGUCAACGGCAGUUUCGCAGCAGUGGACGAUAAGUUAGAGCUAUACAUAGGGGAUUCAGGUAAACCAUGUAAUCCAGAUAAUCAGCCCGUACGACAACGCGUUCGCGGAAUUCUACAGGUGACAGGCAAGCAACUGUCUUUGGAUUCCUAUAUGGAUCUUUUUCGAAAGGACGUAUACAAGCCUCUCUCGGGAACUUGUUCCGAAUUACCGUUAGUGAGAGAAGAAGGCGGUAGAAAAAGUUCCAGUUGUUCUGAAAAAUCAAAUUCUUCCGAAAAUUCUGAAGAAUCCUCCGUGCUGCGUAGCGUAACAUAUACUACGUCGGCAAAAGAUACGGAAGACGAUACUCAAGAUACUGCUAAUGAAGAAAUCAAGUCGAGAUAUAGCGAAGAUUCUGAAUGGCUUAUAAGCCCGACUUUUUCGACUGAUUCAGAGGUGUUUGAUGUAUCGUCAUUUUCCUCAAAUGUUGCGUAUAUUUCGGGAAAAAUGACCAGUCUGUCCUGUAGCUCUGUCGAUUGCAAUAACGACAAUUCAGUCACAACGAACGAUCAGCAAUCCGCUUUAGGAAACGAAAUGGAAAACAAAAAACGCGAGUGGAAGCUUUGCGAAAAAUGUGGGCACAUUUACAAUGCUUAAUUUAUAACGUAUACGUGUCCCUUUAUUUUUGUCAACAGUUUGCGUUCGCAACGUGAAAGUAUUAUUGCAAUGUGCCUGCUAUUUUAAUCUAAAAAAUAAAAUAUAUCUUGAAAAUAAACAACUUAAAAUCAAAUAGAAUAAGUACAUCGAUAUAUAAGAGAACUGGAAAGCAACUUGCAAAAUUGAAAAGCAACGAUCCGUAUCUCGAUAUAAAAAAAAAAAUAUAUAUAUAACAAUUUUAGGUUACAAUAGCAGAUGCAUCACAAUUCGUAGUUGUUGUUAUAGUUGUCGAUUUAUCACAUAAUAUUGAAAUUUAUAGUUUCUUAGGUUAAAGUUAAUCUUUCUAUUAACAAUAAUGUUUGUGUGCUUCUGAAAAAAAUUUUAAAAAAUUGUUAGAAUGUGUAGUAAUAUAAGAAAGUAUAUUAUAAAAUUGAUGAAAAACAUUUACUUUGUUAUCCGUUGAAAUCAUUAGACUUCUAAAACAGAGAUUGUAAACUUCAAUAUCUAUGUGAGCUAAUGUUGCUGCUAAAAACAAAGUAUAAUAGAUCAAAUUAGAGACGUAGAGCGUGUUACAUAUUAACAAACAACAAUAUAAAAAAAAUCAAUGUGCGCACUUAAAAAAUAAAUACAUGCACAAGAUGAUAAAAUGCUUAGCAGUAUGUUACUUGUGACACGUACAUAUUGUUUCACAUCAUAAUAAACUACGAUACAUAUAUAUAUUUUUAUAUAUAUUUUUUAAUAUAUAAUAUACUAUAUUUUCAUAUAUAUUUUUUUAAAACGUUAUCUAUAAAUUACACAUGUUACUUAUUCAAAAAAGCUGCAGAUAGAAAAAUGUUUUUGCAACAUAGAUUUAUUUCAUUCUUUUUUAGGUACAAAUCAGAAAACUUUCAAUUGUUCAAUUGUUUUGCUCAUACUUUUUUUUUGUUUACAACAUUUUAUUUCCAUAAUUACUUUUUCAUCAUAAUUACGUCUUCUCUAUCUCAUUAAUAUAUCUGUUGAAAAACGUUAUAUAGCAUAUAAUGACAUAUCCGAAAUGAUAUAUAUGCGCUCAACUGAUAAAUCUAAAUUUCGCAAAGUUUUCUUACCUAUUAUAAAAUGCAAUCGUGUAUGAUCGUGUGUAAAAUAUUGUUAUAAUAUAAAUUCGUGAAUUUGAUGCAGUAUUGUAUAUGUACAAUAUGUAGCUUUUUGGCAACACGUUUCAUUAAGAGAACUUUGAAUUUACAUAUAAUUAAAAUUAAUUUAGCGUUCUAAGUAGCUUAUGUUAAUAAUGGUUAAUAAUGAAGGCAUAUAUUUUAAAACAGAAUAACCAUUUUAUAUGUAGCUGUAUGUCAUCAUCUAACAAUUAUGUUUAAAGAUCGAGUAAAGUUAGAUUACAAAAUACUAUCUCAUUGCUCAUGUGACGAUCAAAUUCAGAUUACAAAUUUGUCAAUAUGGCAUAGAAAAAUAAUUGCUAAAUUAUUAUAGAUAAGUAAGCAAAUUACACACAUGAUAUUGCAUCUAUAUCUUCUGUUUAUUUACUUGUACAUCUAUAUCUUCUGUUUAUUUAUUUCAACUUUAACUUUUAUUUUUAAAUUUUCAAAGUGCUAAAUAAACAUUCGAGACAAGUAUAUGUCACUAACUUAAACAAUGAUAAUUUUCUAAUAUCAGUAAUUAUACUUUAUACUUUUAAUUUUUCAAAAAAUAAUAUUAUAACGCUUUCAAUUUGUUUCAAAUUCGCAUUCACGAUGCAAAAGCAAGCAAUGAGACAGUAAAAAGUAUUAAAUUGCCGCACCUAUAAGAAUGUAUUAUUAGAUGUAAAAACGCGAAAAACAUAUAUUUUAUUGUGAAUAUAUAUAGUUUUAUGAUAAAACUGACAAAGAUAUCUGCUCUUUCAGUUUCUCACAAUUAUAUUUACAAAUUUGCGAUAUAACACAUAUAUCAUAAUAAUAAUUACUGUUAAUUAACAACGACAAACAUUUAUUGUUUUUGUUUAAUUAUUAAUAAUAAUUAUUAUUAUGGCGCAAUAUACGUUCUGUCGCAAAUUUGCAAGAAUAUUUGUCGCCGACAAAAGAAAAAUGUAUGGUCUUAAAUGUAAACUGACUUUGAGUAACAACAUUCUAUAAUGUCUUAACUAUACAUCUGCGAUGUACUGAGUGUGUAAAAUUAAAAUAAAACUUAACAUUCUCAAUUGUCUUAUUCACUAAUAAUCGUACAAUCGCAUAUGUAAAAACAAAAUACAACAUUACAUACAGCAAGAUAUGUUUCAAGCUAAUAUUCUUUAAUCGCAGCAAGAUAUACUGGAAGCUAAUUCUUUAACCGUGAAGUCAAGUAAACUUUUUUACUUGAGAAAUCAUGCUUUUUCAGUUUUUUUAUUUUUUUAUUUUACAAGCAUCAUAUAUA